AUCGAUUCGAGUUUCAAGUUUUUUUCCAGCCAGAGGAUCCAACUCCCCUUGCUAUUUGGGAUUUCUCCCCCACGGCCUUCUAGAGAAAUUGUACACAUAUUCCCUGCCUCUCGCUAGCGCCUUCCCUCCGCAAACGGAAGGCUCUCGUGACCACCGGGAUGUCCGCCAUGGAGACCGACAUCAACGCGCCGCCGCCGCCCGCCCCAGCUGGCGAGGGAUCCUCUGCGGCCGGUCCGUCCUCCUCCCGCAAGCCCAACAAGCGCUUCGAGAUCAAGAAGUGGAACGCCGUCGCGCUCUGGGCAUGGGAUAUCGUCGUCGACAACUGCGCUAUCUGCCGCAACCACAUCAUGGAUCUAUGCAUCGAGUGCCAGGCGAACCAAGCCAGCGCGACCAGCGAGGAGUGCACUGUUGCUUGGGGAGUCUGUAAUCAUGCUUUUCACUUCCACUGCAUCAGCAGGUGGCUUAAGACUCGUCAAGUGUGCCCAUUAGAUAACAGUGAGUGGGAGUUCCAGAAAUAUGGCCACUAGUUCCUGGGCACCCUCAUGUGAUGUUGGGGCUUACUUCUAGUGACUGCUACCACUCGAGUGUAUUUUUUUCUGCCAAACAGCUCCAUCUUUUACUGCUUUGGAUGCUUGCAUGUAUCACAGGUCAAUUAUCACUAGUAGUACGUCCACCUGGGACUGUAUUUGGAUUGUUCGUUGAGAGGAUAGUAGUUCCAUUUUAUAAAUGUUAUGUGGAUUUUCAUAAGUGAGCUUGAAUUGUGAUGUGGUACCAUGUCUAAAGGCUGGUGUGGUCUUGUCUUGAUCUUGACUUAAGGAGAGCCUGUUCGUUUUAA